CCCACAAUUCCGUUUUCUUUCUUUCUCCUCCCGCCGCCCAAGAUGCCGAAAGGAAAGAAGGCCAAGGGAAAGAAGGUGGCUCCGGCCCCUGCUGUCGUGAAAAAGCAGGAGGCCAAGAAAGUGGUGAAUCCCCUGUUUGAGAAAAGACCUAAGAAUUUUGGCAUUGGACAGGACAUCCAGCCCAAAAGAGACCUCACCCGCUUUGUGAAAUGGCCUCGCUAUAUCAGGUUGCAGCGGCAGAGAGCCAUUCUCUAUAAGCGGCUGAAAGUGCCUCCUGCUAUUAACCAGUUCACCCAGGCCCUGGACCGCCAAACAGCUACUCAGCUGCUUAAGCUGGCCCACAAGUACAGACCAGAGACAAAGCAAGAGAAGAAGCAGAGGCUGUUGGCCCGGGCCGAGAAGAAAGCUGCUGGCAAAGGGGAUGUCCCCACUAAGAGACCACCUGUCCUUCGAGCAGGAGUUAACACCGUCACCACCUUGGUGGAGAACAAGAAGGCUCAGCUGGUGGUGAUUGCACAUGACGUGGAUCCCAUCGAGCUGGUUGUCUUCUUGCCUGCCCUGUGUCGUAAAAUGGGGGUCCCUUACUGCAUUAUCAAGGGGAAGGCCAGACUGGGCCGUCUAGUCCACAGGAAGACCUGCACCACUGUCGCCUUCACACAGGUGAACUCGGAAGACAAAGGCGCUUUGGCUAAGCUGGUGGAAGCUAUCAGGACCAAUUACAACGACAGAUAUGAUGAGCUGCUUCCGCCCGGGUGGUCUGCUGGCGCCUCGGCCAUGAGCCAGUUGCCGGCCGACGUGCAGGCCUUCCUGCGCGAGCACCCGAGCCUGCGGCUCCAGCCGGACGCCCGCAAGGUGAGGUGCAUCUUGACUGGUCAUGAGCUGCCCUGCCGCCUGCUGGAGCUCCAGGUGUACACCCGCGGCAAAAAGUACCAGCGGCUGGUGCGCGCCUCCCCGGCCUUCGACUUUGCAGAGUUCGAGCCGCACAUCGUGCCCAGCACCAAGAACCCGCACCAGUUGUUCUGCAAACUCACUCUGCGGCACAUCAACAAGUGCCCAGAGCACGUGCUGAGGCACACCCAGGGCCGGCGGUACCAGCGAGCUCUGUGUAAAUAUGAAGAAUGUCAGAAGCAAGGGGUGGAGUACGUCCCUGCCUGCCUGGUGCACCGGAGGAGGAAGAGGGAGGACCAGAUGGACGGUGACGGGCCUAGCCCGCGGGAAGCCUUCUGGGAGCCCACAUCCAGUGAUGAAGGGGGAGCUCCAAGUGACGACAGCAUGACAGACCUGUACCCACCUGAGCUAUUCACCAGAAAGGACCUUGGAAGCACAGAGGACGCGGAUGGCACUGAUGACUUUUUGACAGACGAACAGGAUGAGAAGGCAAAGCCCCCAAGAGAGAAGGUCACUGAUGAGGGCAGGAGAGAGACAGCCGUGUACCGAGGACUGGUCCAGAAGCGCGGGAAGAAGCAGUUGGGCUCGUUGAAAAAGAAGUUCAAGAGUCAUCACUGCAAACCCAAGAGCUUCAGCUCCUGUAAACAGCCAGGUUAAUAAAAGCCCAUGCCGUGAAGUUUC